AUGUCACCUCAGAGAACACUGCAUGAGCGAGAAAAGAUCGCAGACCACCACAGGCACACACAAGGCGCAUCGUCCAGCCCGUUGUCCUCCUCAAGGUCGCCAUCCUACUCUGCUGCCUCUUCCCGCUCCUCCCCUCAGACAAAGCUACGAUACCGCCAGCUAAUCCAGCCCAUCACCCCCACAGAACUCGAACCUGUCCCAGACCAGACAACAGGAGGCGAGGCGAGGCGAUACCCACGAGUAGAGCUAUCGAGUCUUGAUCUUGCCAAACCUCGCAUAUAUACCCGCCUAUUGUACUUUUUUGAAGCAAGUCAGCAGCAACAGCAGCAGCGGCAAGGAUCAUUCGGCCAGCCUACUACUACUUCUACCAGCAUGAAUGACGCUUCGCUAUCCGCAAAAGGGGCGACCGACAGCAACAACAGCAACAGCAACAACAGCAACAGCAACAACAACAACAGCAACAACAGCAACAUCACCCUGUCAUCCUCCUCAGCGUCAUCGUCGACUUCUGCGACCACCUUGUCGCCUCCAGGCUCGUCGCUGUCUUCGUCUGCCAACGCCAACACCAAGAAACCUAAUAGUGGCAGUUCCUCAAAGUCCCGUCAUCAUUAUCAUUAUCACUCCUCGCCCUUCAUGGAUCCUAUGUUGCUUCAGGCUUCCUUGGCAUUGGUCCUCUCGGAUUUCUUUCCCUUGGCUGGUCGACUUUGCAGCAAUACCAACAAUAACAAUCAGUCAUUGAAUCUCAACCAUGCAGGAGCAUCAACAGCAGCAGCAGGACUUUCUUCCUCGUCUUCUUUUGCUACUACUCCUAUGCCUGCAACGUCACCAACACCAUCUCCCUCAACCAACAACAACAAGAGCAACAACAGGAGACCCUUUAUCGAAUGCAAUGACCGGGGCGUCCUCUUUGUCGUUGCUGACACGACUAUAUCGAUGGCUCAGAUCCGUCAUGGAGGCUAUCAAGAUGCGAUCCUCCCUCCUCAACUCUUCCCUGUUGGCCUCUACCCAGCCUCGUUGCUAGACCCUCCGCUGUUGGGGAUUCAAUUGACAUAUACCUCGGAUCGGUCGUUGAUUAUGGGCGUGGCCAUGGACUCGUCUGUUCUGGAUGCUACCUCGUGGAUCUCGUUCAUGGAGGCAUGGUCCAAGAUGACGCAGGGCAAGGAUUUCGGACCCUACCCGAUCUUGGACCGGACAUUCUUGGAGAUCCAUGGCGACCCUUUUCUGGCCAGUGCGGUCUACAGACAUCAGCGAAUCAAUGACUCGCCACCUCCGCCCAUCUUGUUCGACAACAGUCUGGAUAAUGCCUUGGACCGGGGUUUGGGAGAGCUGGAAGUGACGACUACAGAUGACGACGAUGAUGAUGACGAUGAGGAGGAGGAUGAGGAGGAGGAUGAGGACUCCUCCAAUUUGCAGCGGACACAGCGGUUGACGGAGUCGGUUAGCGAGGAUUCUGGCAAAGGAACGGCCUUGGAGACAACCCCCGUCGACACGGCCGUGAGCAUCCCGCGGGUGAUGAUUGGUGAUGUCGAGCACUUGGAAGGACCCAUCGAAGGCGUUUCGGAGCAGCAGACACAGCAGCAACAACAACAGCAACAACAGAGGCGGGCAGGAGGGCGCCGAUCAAGACGACGACAAGAGUCAUACAACUCUGGAAUAGAUGCAGCAGCAGGCGGACAGGAACCUGAGGGAGGCAAUCUACAUCUGUUCCACUUUUCGCCACAACAGCUCGAUGCGAUCAAAAAGUUGGCAUCUGAACAAAACAUUGCAGCGGCGGCCUGUGCGGCAGAUGACAAGGAGAUCAGCGACAAGUGGGUCUCGACCGGUGAUUCGUUGGUGGCCUACCUCUGGAAGAUGUCGACGAUUACUCGUCGGAUGGAGCCCGACUGCAAAAUGAUGUGUGGUCUCGUCAUGGAUAUCCGGAACCGUGUCGCUCCCCCCAUCCCCGAAGGAUAUAUCGGCAACGCCAUCUUAUCGAUAUUUGUGCAGAUGCCUGUGCAUUCCCUGUUGACGACGCCAUUGUCGUUGCCAUCACGACUUCUCAGGGACGAGCUGAUGCUACAGUCACCAGAGCAGCUUAAAUCCGCCAUCAGUUGGAUCCAACGACAGGAGAACCCACAUCUGAUCGAGACGACAAGCAACAACCCCUUUGGGCGGGACUUUAUGGUCUGGUCGUUCCGUAAACUGAACAUGUAUUCUCCUGAUUUCGGACAAGGACCGCCCGUCAAGGUCAGGAUUGGACGUGGAGGAUUUGGAGGUGGCGAGGGAAUGUGUGUCAUUAUGGACAGUGAACCUGUUCUGAGAGGGGUUAACAGAGGUGUUGGUGGUUCGGGAGUGGAUGUGUAUUUGGGAUUGCAGGGUGAGCAUCUGAGGGACUUUGAGAUGGUGCAUCGUGGGUUUAUGGAGGGACUUUUGGAGCCUGGUGAUAGUGGCAGUAGAAGUGGUGGUGUUGGUAGUUCUUCUGGCGACUGGGAAGUCAUAUGA